AAUUGUAUUCUUUUGGACCACGCAUCUUGCGCGGUCUUUUUUUCUGCUGCUAAGACCAUCAGUAUCACCCUACAUUUCUAGCAACAAGGAAAGUCUGGGUUUUAUAAACAUUUAGGUGAAGUCCUACUUAGGUUAUAUUGAGUGAAAGAAAAGGAUGGCUGAUUGGUCAGACUACCGUAACGAUGACGAGGAAGUUGAGGAAGAAGAAGAACUUGCUGGAGAAUACAAGAGCAGUGGGCGUGACAGCCUGGUGUUUCUAGUGGAUGCCUCUAAAGAGAUGUUCGUUAAGGGUGAAGAUGGUGAAUCAUCUAACUUUGACAUGACAAUGCAGUGUGUGCGCAGUGUGUACAACAAUAAAAUCAUAAGUAGUGACAGAGACCUGGUUGCAUUGGUGUUUUAUGGAACUAAGAAGAGCAAGAACCCCAGAAACUCUUUCAAAAAUGUCUACAUUUACCAUGAUCUGGAUUCUCCUGGUGCUCGGCGUGUGCAGGAUAUCGAUAACCUGAGAGGUGAUAAAGGGUCUAGGUUGGCUGCAGAGAUCAUGGGCAGUGGAGAAACGUCACUCGGAGAUGCUUUGUGGUGCUGUUCAAACUUAUAUAGUGACAUUAAGCUACGGCUGUCUCACAAGCGUCUCAUGAUUUUCACCUGCAGAGAUAACCCUCAUGGAGGAGAAAGAACUCGAGACAGACAGGCCUGUACUAAAGCUGAUGAUCUUAAAGAGACAGGAGUGGUUAUAGACUUAAUGCACCUUUUCAAGCCAGGGGGGUUUGAUGUUUCCCUGUUCUUCUGUGACAUCGUAAGCCCACCGCAGGAUGAGAGUGAGCUUGGACUGCAGUGUGAACCUAGUGGGAAACUUGAGGAAUUACAGAAGCGGGUCAGUGCUCGAGAGAUGCCAAAGAGAGCUCAGAGUAGAAUGACUUUUUCUCUGGGGAAUGAUAUGAAUGUGGCAGUCGGUGUGUAUGUUUUGGUCAGAACAGCCACAAAACCUUCUUCUGUAAAGUUGUACAGAGAUACCAACGAGCCAGUUCACACCAAGACUCGUCUCUUCCACACCCAGAAUGGAAGCCUGCUUCUGCCCAGUGAUACCAAGAGAGCCCAGGUUUAUGGAAACAAGCAAAUUGUAAUGGAAAAGGAUGAAGUGGAUGAGAUAAAAAAAUGUGAUGAUCCAGGUCUGGUUCUGAUUGGGUUUAAGCCAAUGGAUCGUUUGAAAUUACACCAUCAUAUGCGGCCUGCAUUGUUCAUAUAUCCUGAGGAGGAGCAAGUCAUAGGGAGUUCCUGUGUAUUCACAGCUCUGCUGAAAAGAUGCAGUGAAAGAAAUGUGUUUGCAUUGUGCAAAUUCACUGCGCGCCGUAACACUCCACCUCGCUUUGUGGCAUUGUUACCACAGAGAGAAGUGCUGGAUGACAGUCAUGUUCAAGCUGCACCUCCAGGCUUUCAUGCUAUUUUCUUACCCUAUGCGGAUGAUAUACGCACCCUGGAUUUGCCUGAGUGUCCAACAGCCUCCGAUGAGCAAGUUGACAAAAUGAAAGAAAUUGUGCACAAACUUCGUUUUAAAUACAGGAGUGAUGCAUUUGAAAAUCCAGUCCUGCAACAGCAUUAUAGGAAUCUGGAAGCCCUAGCUUUAGACCUUAUGGCACCCGAAGCCAUUGAGGACUUUACAAUGCCUAAAAUGAAAAUGAUGGAUGAUCGGCUUGGUCCUUUAGUACAAGAAUUCAAAGAUUUGGUCUAUCCAUCGGACUACAACCCUGAAGGCAAACCCUCAGCCAAACGCAAAACAGCUGCGGCUGGGGAUGGUGCUGAAAAGAAGCCAAAAGUUGAGAUUUCAGAAGAUGAGCUGCGAGCCCAUGUUUCUAAUGGAACUUUGGGCAAGCUGACAGUACCUGUGCUAAAAGAUGCCUGCAAACAAUUCAAUGUACGAACCACAGGCACCAAGAAACAGGAGCUCAUAGACGCUCUGACUGCACAGCUCUCUACAUAAAUUCAGACAGGAAACAGCUUAAGAUUUAUAAGAUACAGUGCCUGGUGCUAAAACCUGAUAUAUAAUAAAGUUAAAGUGUGUUUAAUAAAGAGCAGUUUUACUAUACUAUAAAUGCUUCUACAGCAAUUUAAGCAUCACUUAAUGUUGAGUUGUUUUUUAAGCGCUUUGUAAAACAAAAACAAAAAAAUAAACCUUAAAACCAUUUCGAUUAAAA